CACGAGUUUGAUGGAAGAGUGCGUUGAAGCAUUAUGGGAAUGCGAUUGUAGCGAGCACCUCGUCACUCCAAUUUUUUAUUUUUGGGGAAGACAAAGAGUGAGAAGAAGCUACCACCCUUUUGCAUACCACCACCAUGCCCGGUUAUCGUCAGUAUACUAAUAAUAAUGGAGACUGCCAUAAUAAUGGUAGCAGCACGGGGAGAAGUACCCGCCGUGGGUUUACGAAUUUGUCCGAGUUGACCAUGUCCUUUGUGUCUUCGUGGGCCGUGGCGAGAAAGCAUCCCCAUCCUCGAACUCCCACCGCGGAUGCUACCCCCAAGGGGACGUGGGAUUGGCAGUAUUCCUAUUGUACCGUGGUGGCAGCAUCGGUCUUUGUCUAUUGGCUGUUUGUGUCUUUGAUCCCCGUCUACAACAAAUUCUUUUUCCAAAAGAGUUUAUACCCUUAUCCCAUUGCCACGGCGGGAAUUCAACUGGGAGUGGUGGCCAUUCUAUUGGGAAUUCUCAAUACACUCCAGCACUGCUACAGACAGCACAUUGCCCGAACAUCCCGUAUUCCUUCUACUUCUACUUCCACUAAUCAUGAAGCUGGAGAUGGCAAUCCCAUGAACCUUCGAACGUAUUAUCAAUCCAUUCCAGAACAACCAUCCACCGUGGGUAUCUCGGUGGACUCUUCGACCACAACUACUUCUGAUACUACCAUUAAUAAUGAAGAUUCCUGGAUUGGAGGACCUCAUUUACUAUGGAAACUGAAAUGGGUGACUCCCAUUGGGUUUCUCUUUGGCCUCAAAUACGGCGUUACCAAUUUGGGAUUGCAUCUCGUGGCAGCACCCACCCAUUUAUUACUGCAGGCGACCGAUUUGGUGUGGACCGUGCUGAGUGCCUGGCUGAUUAAUCGAGAACGGCUCAACGCUGUGGAAGUGGGAUGUUUGCUCGGAUGCAUUGCCGGCAGUGCCGUUCUCAGUUGGCAUCAAUUGCACAACAAUAAUAGUUAUCACGAAAAUGAACUCAAAGAUGGCAAUCACGACGAGUCACUGACAUCGCAUCCGGGAUGGUUUGCCAUUAUCAUCAAUCUACUAUCCCCCAUGUUGUUGGGACUCUGUAUUGCCACACUUCGGUUGGCGUGUUGCGAACUCAUGAGACCCGAUAAUCGCGUACGAGGAACUGUAUCGGCGGUGGAAUUGACCACGCUCAAACUCGUUAUUUCCGCCUCGGUCGCAUUGUUGUUGGCGUGUGUCUUGGAAGGAGGUGAUAUGGAUGCUAAUGCGGACCAAACAACCCAACUUUAUCAUCAUGCACCACGAGUGUCGUGGUCGGAUGCCUUUGGAGAAUUGCCUCUCUCGACCAAACUCGGUGUCAUGGGAGGAGCUAUUCUCAUUGCCGUUUUUCAAGUCAAUUGUACCGCAUUGACCUAUUUGACAUCGGCCGUGUCGGUGGGGUUGGUGGGACAAGUCAAGAUUAUUCCCCAAUGGAUUGUCGCCACGAUUUUUGCCAUGACCACGUCCAAGUUCACAUUGCAACGAGACAAUUUAAUUGGAGCCUUUCUCAUCAUGGCCAGCGCCGCCGCGUUUGCCGGAUCCAAAUUUUGGGUCGUUGGUGGAUCCGACAAUGACAAGGAUGAUCCGAGUGCGUCCGCAAGUACCGCCAGUACGGACGACGACCUGGAUCCCGAGACACCCCGCAUUGCCGCCAAACACCCACAAGUCACCACCGAGUCGACCCGUUUGCUGUCCGCCCGAGCAGCAGCAGCCACACCAAGAGCAAUCUUAAUCGACUUGUCCCGCACAAAAAAUAAUGACCCACAUCACCAACCCUGGAUGGAUGCAGCCGAAUAGCCAUUUUGGUUUGCUGGCUGGGGGUGGCGACGGCCGAAAGGGCUCGAGUACAGUAAGUAUGGAAGUGGCCUGGAGAUGGUAACGCCGAAAGGGUUGUGGUGUUGGGGGUUCGCGUGAAAGAAUGCAUGGACGCCUACGUAGCGGCUGCAGGGGGGCUUUGCCAGAAGCAAGUGAGAUUGCCAGGGGCCAAUACCAGUAGAGGAUAGGGGCGGCCAUUGGAUUCCUUACUUGCUCAAAAAGUACCGGUAGCUUUCAACAAACACAGUGCUCGGUUUCAUUUCUUUUUAUCUGCUAUAGCUAGUAGCCAAGUUCAAAGCACAAAACUGGCGGCAACAAAGGGAGGAGGAGGAUGUAACAAAGGUUCACGCUUCACAGCUAGACCAAAGAGGAAAAACAGUCUCAAGCGGAAACCCAUCUGACAGACUUCUAAUAGAAAGUAAGAACAUCGACGGCACUCUGAAAAAAGAUUGAGGAUCCCAUCCCACCAAUCUUCAAAUGUGAUAGAAUCAUUCAAAAAGGUGCCCCACAACUCCAUCGUUCUUGAAGUAGCGCACAUACGAAGGACUGACACGCUCAUUCACUAUCUCCACAAGCCUUGGCACAAGAGGUUUCAGAGUUUUCAGAGCAAUUUCACUCUGCAGGUAGUGAUGAAGGAUAUCAUGCUCGAUCAACAGCUCUUGCUGUUUAGCUGUCAUGGAUUUUGGCAAAAAUGUUCCCAGACUCUUCAUGAGUGAAUCUCGGCAUUUCUCAUUCCCUUUGACAAGAAGAACCAUUCGCCUCAGAGAAUCUUCACUGAAAGUGUUGGGCGAUUUGGUUAGGAGCAUGUGCAACAGUUCAAAACAGUUUUCCUGCGAAUGAAUCAAUCCAUACUGCACACUUGUCUCCAGUGCCUCUACUACAUGUAUUGCAGCUGCCACAUCUUCAGUUUGCUCGGCAGCCAAUGGUUCCAAAACAUUGGAAAUAACUCUGUCACAUUCCUCCAAUCCUGCUCUGCUGCAGAGCUCAUCAAACCAUGAAAGGGCAAUUAGAAGCUUGUCUUUUGUAAUCUUCACUGUUGAAAGUGGAGCCAUCAAGGAUACAAUCCAUUCCCAUUCUUUGGGAUCACGGUGAGGGAACUCAAAGUGCUUGGUGGCAGACUCCUUCAUGCCAAUGUCAAGGGCCGUGUCGAAAUACUGGCUCCAACAGCGGAGACUUGGACCAUACUCCUUGAACACCACACCACCAACCACAAUGGUCACAUCAGGUUCGGCCUUGUUCCUAAUGCACGUUUGUUUUGGUUCUGGUGGUGGAGGGGUAAUCUUCUUGCCUCGGACUGUGUAUCGUUUAAGUGACAUAUCUUUGACGUUUGCAACGAGAUGCAGUACUGGUAGGAACGGGAUCAACUGCAAAUUUAUGAAGCCAGGAAAGGGAGUGAUCUUUCAACACAGCGUGGAUGCCGCAAUAUUUAAGAUGCUGUAAAGGUAAGGUGGUCGAAAUCCGUGUGCCAUUGUAUCAUUCCCACGGUGAGAUGCAUUGAUUGGCAGCUACACAUCCACAUGGAGUAUGAAAGGGGGCGUUAACACGAUGGUAUCAGUGCACAUACUCCGUCGCAGGCGGCUAGCGGUGCCUGCUCAGCGUGGAAGCAGCUGAGGAGUGGCACUGUACCGGCACACCAUUACUGGACCUCUGUGGAAACGUCAUUGGUGGAAAAGUACUUAGGAGACGAUGCACCGAGGCUUAGGAGACGAUC